AUGACUACCGACGCACCUGCACCUUCUACUGUUGCUGUCAAAACCGACACCGUUGCGGCCACUGCCAAUACAGUUGCUUCCCCCGCCACGGAGGCCCCCAGCCACGAUGACGCGUCCAGGCUGUCCCGGCCAGGUGGUUUAGAGCACACUACUACGGUGCCCAUCGACACAAUGAGCGAGACGGGCGAGGAAAUGGUGACAAAGGAGAAGCUACUUCCAAAAGUCAAGCAGGUGAGCAAAUGCUCGUACUGCGAAAUCAACUCGGCCGAGUCUCUAAAGACUGUCCCCUGCCUGGGCUGCGGGUCGCGCUGCCACAUCGACUGCAUAUCGUGCACGGCCGGAUUCAAGGACAAAAUUCUUUUGGGUGAUGAUUUCUUCCACUUCAAGUGCUUCAAGUGUACGGACGGGCAGGAGCGGUUCAAGCGGUAUCAUCUCUCGUGGGUAGACGUCGUGCAUAUCACGCUGUUUAACCUGACACAUAAUGCGCCGGUGCGGCCCAAUAGCGCGGCGAACCGCGGCAAGGCGGAUGACCCGACGGGGCAGUUCAGUAGCAGCGAGCAUGGGCCGCAGGAGUACGGGGAUUCGCGGGUGUACUUCCACUACAAGGCGGACGUAGCCAAGUUCAUCGACCAGCACUGGUCGUAUUUCUGGACCAAGUCGCGCGGCGAAACGUGGAUCAACAGCGCGUCGUCGGCGCUGUCGACAAACAGCACGGAGAACGUGCCGGAUGACGGGCGGUUCGAGUCCGGAAAGGCCAAGUAUAACAAGAACGGCAUGUGGGCGCUCACCGAUGACCUACGGUUCCCAUCAUCCUAUGAUUCGCUGCAACAGCAGAAGACGCGCACGAUCAUGUAUAGCUUUGCGGAUGAUGGCGCGCUGAUCGAGCUGCGCUCGCAGUCGGGGAAUGGCCGGAGGAAGCGCCGCGCGGAGCCACCGAUGCCGAAAGCCGCGGCAAAGGGCAAAAAGCCCCGAUCGGCGGCUGCUCCUGGUACUUCUGGCGCGCUGGAUGCUGGCUUUGGGCCCGCGCAUAUGUCGCGUGAAGAGACGCACGCGGCGGCGCAGUUUGUCAUUGAGAGCGACCGGCUGACGGUUUGGAAUGACAAGGGGUACCGGAUGGCCAAGGCAUCGCAUGGGGUGGAGACCGGGGCGUGGUACUUUGAGGUUACGGUGCUUGCGCCUGUGCGGCCCGAGUAUAACCUGCGGAUCGGGUGGUCGCAGAUUUCAGGCGAGUUGCAUGCGCCCUGUGGCUACGACGUGUUCUCGUACUCUGUGCGCGCAAAGCCCAGUACUAGGUUCCACGCGGCCAUUGGGUCUCCCUAUGGCGAAGAGUAUGGCCCUGGCGAUACCCUGGGUGUGCUGAUGUAUUUGCCCGUGCUGGAUGAUGACGAGAAGCAGGACUUGGCCGACCGCAAGUGGCAGCCUGGAGAGCGGGUUAAUUUGGGCCCCGACUUUAAGUAUCCGCCGCCGCCCGUGUGGAACGACAAUGCGCCUGUGCGCCCUAUUUCAGAGCUUGAGUACACAUUGCCGUUGCCCCAAUCAGCAGCUAAUGUAAUGCCGGCAGCAGAACUUGUUGCCGAUCAUGUUACCAAGCCUGUUGGUGAUACGCCGGCUAAGCAGGAGUCCGGUGGCGAUAUGGAAGUCGAUGCUUCUUCGGCAGCUCCCGUAGCCGCCACUGCAGCCGAUGAUACCGAGGAGCCGACUUUUUCUGUUCCUCCUCCUGUUCCUGCUCCUGCUGCUGCUGCUGCUCCUGCUCCUGCUUCUGCUCUUAUUUCUGCUCCUGUUUCUGUUCCUGUUCCUGUCCCUGUCCCUGUCCUGUUUCUGUUUCUGUUUCUGCUCCUGAUAUAUCCGCUGCACAGUCUGAACACCAUAUUGAGCCAACACAGCCCACCGAUAGUCACAACUGUAGCUGAUUCUGUUCCUGACACUCAACCUGCCAUGAAUGAUUCGUCAUCUGAGCCAGUCGAAGAAACAGCUGCACCAACAUCAACAGCGGCGGAAACACACUCGGAAGUCAAUAAUCAGGUGUAG